AAAUCUUAGGUGGCUUCGGCUUUCUUACACCGCUCUUUACUAAUUGUGACGCCUACAUAUGAGUAUGGAUUGCCCUGCCGUGAAUUUCCAUGGCAUUGAACUACAAUCUCACGAGAAAGGGGAUAGUAAACAGAAUUCUUUUUGUGCCCUCCGAACCCCUUCUAAUCUAGAGGAACAUGAGAUACUCACUUCUUCUGGUUUAUACCAACGGGUUUACGUUCAACCUAAUAAGAAUAAAACUGCAAUUAUCACUUAUCAUGAUAUUGGAACUAAUCAUACAUCCUUCCUUAGUCUAUUCAAUAAUCCUGAAAUGCGUGUAAUUACUGAAAAUUUCACAGUUUAUCAUAUAUGUGCUCCUGGACACCAUGAAAAUGCAACAAAUAUUAGUUUUGGAUUGAUCCCUAAAAUAACACCAUUAUCACCUAAUGAUGAACCUGGUCAAGAUCAAGUAUUAUUAUCAUCACAGCCAGAUAUACAGAAACAACGUCAAUCAGUUUCAUCAGUUACUGGUAGUAGAGGAAGUAUUUUUGAAGCAGUUCGUAGAAGAUCUUCACUAUUAAUGAAUCGGUCUCGCUAUCCGAAUAUGGAUCAGUUGGCUGAUAUGAUCACAUCGGUCCUUGUUCAUUUUGGAAUAAACUAUUUUUUGGGUUUUGGAAUGGGAGCUGGGUCAAAUAUUCUUGCUCGUUAUGCACUUCGUUAUCCGGAUCAAGUAUUGGGAUUAUUCCUUAUCAAUCCAAAUGCAUCAACUCAUGGUUAUUAUCAAUGGUUCCGUAAUGUUUGGUCUGAUUUACCUGCACUUGAACGUGGUGUACUAACUGAUAAUUUAAUGAGUCAAUUAGAAGCUCAUUGGUUUGGAUUUGGUUUAGUUGAAAAUGCUGAUGUAGCUAAUUUUUAUGAAUCAUUAACACGAAGUUUAAAUCCAGCUAAUUUAGCUGGUUAUAUACGUUCUUAUGUGGAUCGUACACCAUUACCAUUGGUUCGACCAAUACUUGGUCCUCCAAUGCCUGAUGCUCAAACAAAUCCAAAUGAAGAACCAACAGUUAUACUUACUGAAGUAUGUUUAGUAACUGGUGAUCGCGCUGUGGAAUUGUCACGUGCCUUAGCUGAUAUGAAUGGACGUAUGGAUCCGAAACGUACACAAUUUCUUAUGAUGCCUGAUUGUACUGGUAUGGUGAUGGAAGAGAAUCCUAGCAAAUUAAUCAUGAACUUUUUACACUUCUUGCGUAGUAUUGGACUUGUUGUCAAUCUUACACCAGAGAAAAUGCGUCAACAAGCAACAGAUUUACAACAAUCUAUGCUUGAUGAAUUACCUGAAACAUGUUUACCAGCUAAAUUGGUUGUGGAACCGGAAGUUUGAAAAAUUGACGAUGACGACGAUGAUGACACCAGAAAUAGAGAGAGAAAGAGCAGUAUAAUGAUUGACAAUGUAUGUGAUCAUAAUAUAUAAUAUUCACUGUGUUUUUUUUUCUAAUUAUUAUUCACUUGUCAUUAUUACACAUUAUAUUUGUCUUGUAAACCAUUAAUUUUGAAUCCACUAAAGAAUCAUUUCUAAUGCAAUAAUAAUAAUAAUAGUAAUACUUACAUUCAUGCCGUAAAAGCGCAUUUCACUAACUUAACAAACUGAUUAGUUGGCUGGUUUCUAACCUUGACUUUGAUUAAAAUUAUAUCACUUUUAUAUUUUCUUUCAUUUUCUGUUUUAUUGACUUGUAUCAUUGGUAUCAAUAUACGCACAUGUUACUACUACUCCUACUAUUACUGGUACCAUUUUUCACUGUAGUAUUGUUUCCCUUUCAUGAAAUGAAUGGAUAAUACAAAAAGUAUAAGUAUUCAUUCACUCAUCAUCAUCAUCAUGUUUAUGUAAUGGUUGUUUUGUUAUCAAUUUCCCUUUGGGUUAUUGACUUAUCUCUAUGUUAGUUUUCUUAUUUCAUAUUAUCACUUUAUGAAUUCAUAUUGAUUCUUCAUUGUCAAAAGCAUUUUAUUCAUUCAUCCAUUAAACAACUAUUGAUACAUAUAUGUUUAAACUACUUUUGUGGUUAUUGUCAUUCACGGAUAACACUGCACAUGAAAUUUGAAAUGGUUUUAAGGAUUUUCUCUGAUGGAUUUCUUUCACUAAUCUCCUCUUUCAUUCCUGGCUAGAGUUAUUCAGUGUAUUCAUUUAGUAGAUGAAUAUAAUACCUACUUAAUUAAGUAGUAUUCUAAUUAUUUGUUUAUAUGUUAGUAUAUACUGUGAUGAUAUUAAUGAUACUUUGUGUUCUUUUUUUUUCAUAAUUUCUGUUCAUUUUGAAGUUACUGUUGUUGUUGUUGCUGUUGUCGUUUUUCUUCUUCUAAAGACAAUAUUCACAUUGUAUUGAGUAAUUAGUGUUAGUGUAAUAGUAGUCUGUUUGAUGUGAGUUUUGUUUUUUCUUUUGGAGAACAUUUUUCUUCUUCUUUUUUUCAAGCAAUAAUUUUAAUACAAUUAAUCAUUUCAC